AUGUUCGCGGAGAGGGAACUGGAGAGAGCCAGUUCUGUUCCGAACAUGAUGUACCAGGCAUCGGAGAGCUCAGAACUCAAUGUUCUACCUAUGUCAGUAAGGUCUGCCGAGGUUCUUUUGGGCUUCUUUCCAAGGUUGCCACUUUUAUUACCGGGCUGCGAGGUGGUCGGUGGCCUUGCCUUCACUUGCGAUUCUCCGGACGAUACAUGGUUAACCUUCAUCGAAAGUGACACCGUGAACGUUAGCCGCAAGAAGAGGGGGCGUGAAGGUACUCUCCACGGUAUCUACUACUGUGAGCCGUUCAUACCAAAAGCAAAGGUACCCAACAGGGUCGAGGGAUUUAAUAAUAUGGAUUUCUUAGUCAAAAGGACUUGGAACAAGUAG